AUGAAAAUUCUUGCUAAAUUAGUUAUAACAAAUAUUUCUAAAUCUGAACCUGGAAAAAGAAAAUUAAUAUUUUCUUCAAGAAAUAAUGAUGUAAAAAAAAUUAAUUUACUUCAUGAUUCUAAAUCAAAUUCAGAUCAAACUUCUAAAAAUUUCAUACAACAUGAAUUAGAUUUCGAAUUAUUAGACCUUCAUUCAGAUGAUUCUAAUUAUACAUGUAAGCAAAAGAAAGAUAAAUUCAGAGCUAUUAAUGAAGUUAAUAUUGAUAAUGAUAUACAAACUAUUAUUCAGAAACAUCAAGAGCUAAACAAUAAUAGUAAAUGUAUUUAUGAAACUAAGAAAUAUUUAGUUGGUAAAAAUGAUUUGUUUAAAGAUCAUGUAUUGGAUAUUGGUAAAGAUUCAUUAGUAAUUAAAAAGACAAAAAUUGAUAUAGAAUCUAGUACAGUAAAAUUGGAUAAAAAUAAUUCUUUAUAUUCUG